AUGUCUCGACAACUUCCCCCGGGCGUAAAAGCCUUUGGUCCCAAUGCAAACUGCACACUCGACACCUGCCCUGCCGAGUGGAGUAUCUACGGCUUCCGCCCCUCGUUGGGUGCUAAUACCGCAUUCCUCGUCUUAUUCAUCCUCGUUGGCGGCAUACACGGAUACCUUGGCUACCGAUGGAGAAGCUGGGGCUUCAUGAGCGGUAUGAUUCUCGGGUGUUUGAGUGAGGUGAUAGGCUAUGCGGGGCGAAUAAUGCUCUACAAUAAUCCUUUCUCUUUCGUGGGAUUCAUGGUUCAAAUCGUAUGCCUCACCAUCGCGCCCGUCUUCUACACCGCAUCCAUCUACGUCACUCUCUCCAAGACGAUCAUACACUUCGCCCCAGAUCUGUCCCGCUUCAACCCCCAGCUCUUCUACUGGAUCUUCAUCCCCUUCGACGUCGUGUGCCUGGUUCUCCAAGCCGCUGGCGGCGCCCUGUCCACCAACUCCAACGGCGACAACCAAAUCGGCGUGAACGUCUCCAUGGCCGGUCUGGCGCUGCAGGUCAUUAUCCUGACCGCAUUUGUGGGCUGCUUCGCCGACUACAUGAUUCGGUACCUGCGGUCCGGCCGCGCAAAGUCCUUUGGCUGGCGCCUCAAUGCCUUUUUCCUGGGUCUUUCCACGUCCAUUCUGCUUAUUCUUGCUCGUUGCGCAUUCCGUGUCGCUGAGCUGAGGGACGGAUACGAUGGAGAGUUGAUCCGUGAGGAAAUUCCCUUCAUUAUUCUUGAGGGUGUUCUUAUUGUGCUUGCUGUUGUUGCUUUGUGCUUUGGGCAUCCUGGGCUGGUGUUUGGCCGGGAGCAGCCGAGGAAGAGCUCUCAUGACAGUGAGGAGAGUGGUGCUUGCACGCCUGAGCGGAAGUAG